AUGUUUUCUGGAUUUUCUAUUGACAAACUUACUGAUUCGAUAUCUAAUGUCGCAUUGAAGACUCAAGAGAAUUUGACAAAUGCUUUGUCAAAUGUAAAUGAAAAUUUGGAAAAUUAUUUAAAUGAUCCAAAUACUAAAUUAUCGAUUAAAUCAAAAGCAAGAUUUAUUCAAGAAAAGUUAGGUACCAUUAACGAUCAACCAAGUAAAUUACCUCCAACUUACACUGAUUUGGAAUUGAAGACUGAUGCAAUUGAAAAAGCCUUGAAAAGAUUAUUGACUGUAACUAAAACUUAUGAAACUGAAGGUUACGAUUAUCCUCCAAACCUAACUGAAUCUCUUUCCGAUUGGUGGACUAAUGACGAUAAUGUUACUAACACUGAUGAAAAUGAUGAAAAUAUUCAAUCAAACAAAUCUUUCUUGCCAAGAUCUUUUGCUCAAGCUAUUUCAAAUGCUUCUUUUGAUGCCGCCUCAAAUGUUAAUUCGGUAACAAAUACAAUUAAAUUGAAUCAUAAGGAUGAUGAGGAAGAAGAAGAGGAUGAUGAGGAAUGGUCAGAUUUACAUAAAAUUUUCGAAUCAUUAGGAAAUUGUUACAGAAAUAUUGACAAUGGUAAAACUGAAAUGGAUAAAUUAAUUGUAAAUGAAUUUAAUAACAAACUAAAAGAUUUAAUCAAUACAGAAUUUAAAAAUGUUCAUCAACUACGUAAGAGUGUUGAAAAUUCAAGACUAAAAUUUGAUACUAUGCGUUAUGAAUUGAAAAUUAAAGAAUGGAAAAGGACA